CGCGUUCUUCACUUCUGCAUAGAACAUGGCGAGCGUAGUGAGGUUGUCACGACGAUCGUCGUUCGUACGGCAUUUUUGUGGUGUCACACGUUCUUACAAUGCGUGGUAUAGUAACAGUGGAGUGAAAAGAUGGGGUCUCAACACCGGAUUGUUUGCAACAGUUUCUAUUACGCUUUAUUGCGGUUACAGAUAUUUCCGACCUGACGCGGUACACGCCAAGAUACGAGUGAAGGAGCACGAGAAGGCAGUAAAGUUGACGAUGAGGGAACAAAGAUUUAUAAAAUUUGCAUCGGUGGAAUAUGACGGGCAACUGUAUAUGACGCCUCAAGAUUUCCUCGACAGUGUCGUUGAAUCUGAACCCAGACCAAGGCUGAAGAGACGCGUGUUAACUGACAAGGAGCUGGAUGUGAUGAGAAACAGCGUCCCCUCGCUACGUCAUGGAAAUCCACAUAUGUUCAGAAACCUUCGGGACAAAGGAAUUAUAUCUUACACGGAGUAUCUCUUCCUCUUAUCGAUCCUAAUCAAACCUACGUCCGGUUUCCGAAUCGCGUUCAAUAUGUUCGAUACGGAUGGAAACGAACGUGUGGAUAAAACGGAAUUUCUCGUGAUUCGACGAUUGCUCGGCGGUAACCUGAAGGAUCGGCAUCUCGACGUUGAAACAAAACGUGCAUUGAAACGUAUAAUGCCACCGAGCGAAGAUUUCGUUUAUGAACCAAAACUUCGUAACACCCGAGAGAGCAAUGACAAAAAUCAGAUUGUCUCGAAUUCCUACAUGGAAAAAGUUUUCAGCCACGCUUGGAGAGGACGUCACGGUACCGAGUUCAAAAGAAACUUAGAUCUUCCGAAAGAGAGGCAAACGACUCUUGAAGCAAUUCAAGUUCAAUAUAUCGACGAUGACCAAGGCUUGCAACGACGACAUGCAAUCGAUACCACUCUGAUGGUACACUUCUUUGGGAAAGAUGGAACCAACGAGCUGAAAUACGAAAAUUUCAAAUGUUUCAUGGAAAACCUGCAGCAAGAAGUUCUAGAGCUCGAAUUUCACGAAUUCAGUAAAGGCCGUGACGUUAUCUCCGAGAUAGAUUUUGCGAAAAUUUUGCUACGAUAUACGCAUCUCGAUGCCGACGAAUACGAUAAAUAUGUGGAUAGAAUAAUAAUAAAUUCGCAUCUUCAAAUCAGUAUUACAUUCGAGGAAUUUUGUCGUUUUUAUCAAUUCUUGAACAACCUCGACGACUUUUCAAUUGCUAUGCGAAUGUACACUCUGGCGGAUCACCCAAUAUCAAAAGACGAAUUCCAACGUGCUGUGAAAAUUUGUACAGGCAGUGUACUUAGCGAUCGUAUUAUCGACACUGUCUUUGCACUUUUUGACGAGGAUGGAGAUGGCCAGUUAUCCUACAAGGAAUUUAUAGCGAUAAUGAAAGAUCGCCUACACAGAGGUUUCAAGUCUCAACAACGUCAUAAGCGUUUGCAAGCAUUUACCUCGUGUGUAAAGCAAGAAAUGAAAUCCCGUUAAGCGACGUUAAGCAGAGGAAAUGAAUCUAAAAGCGAAUACAGAUACGAACCAUUCAAGAAUAUCAAGUGCCAUUGAAGUUACACCGUUUUUUGAAAUUCUAGUUCCAUUUCGUUAAUACAAUACCACUGUGAUAAUUAUUGACUGA